ACAUAACCUUAACCCAACCCUAGAUAUUAAUUCUUCAACAGCACCAACCUUCUUCCUUCUCUUCAACUCAACAUUAUGUCACACUUCAUUCUCAGAUCUCCCCAAAUUCCGUCACACGCUCCCUCCAUCAAAAACACCCCACAAUUCUUCCCGGACAAGUCUCUUUCCCUAACAAUUUUCCACCUUUGAGCCUCAAAGCCUCUCAAUUUUGCAUUCCAUCUUGUGGGAUCCACUUGAAUUGCACUGGAUUUGAAACCCCACUGAAAAACUCACAUUUUUUCAACUGGGUAUGCUUUGUAUGCGGCCUUAGUGUGUAGUGUAUUGUAGGUAGUGAGUUCUCAUGGCAAUGCCAUCGGGAAAUGCAGUAAUGCCGGAAAAAUUGCAGUUUCCGGGUGGCGGUGGUGCCCCCGGUGGUGGUAGUGAGAUCCACUUCCGCCAGCAGUGGUUUGUGGAUGAGAGGGAUGGGUUUAUUGGCUGGCUUCGCAGCGAAUUCGCUGCUGCGAAUGCCAUCAUAGAUUCUCUGUGCCACCAUUUGCGUGAUGUAGGGGAGCCUGGAGAGUAUAACAUGGUUGUUGGGGCAAUUCAACAGAGAAGGUGCAAUUGGACUCAGGUGCUUCUUAUGCAGCAGUACUUUUCUGUGUCUGAGGUGGUGUAUGCGCUGCAGCAAGUGUCAUGGAGGAGGCAGCAGAGGGUUGUUGAUCCGGCAAAAACCGGUGCCAAGGAGUUUAGGAAGUUCGGUUUGGGGUUUAAGCAAGGGCAGCACAGGUUUGAGGCUGUCAAGGAUGGUUAUAAUUCUAGUGUAGAGUCUUUUGGUCAUGGGACAAAUGCUGUGGUGGUUGCUGGAGGUGUGGAGAAAGGGGCUUGUGUGACCGAGAAGAAUGGAGAAAUUAAAUCUGGUGGCAUGGUUGGGACCAUGGAUAACAAGAAUUUAGGAUCUCCUGAGGAGAGGAAAGAUGCUAUUACAAAUCAUCAAUCUGAUGGUAUUUUGAAGGGCUCUAGGAAUUCUCAAGGAUCUCUGUCCAGCUCAGAAUGUGAAGCUGUGGGUGUAAAUGAAGAAUGUGUAUCAAAUUCUAAAGAGAAUGAUUCUAUCAUGGGAAAAUUUUUUAUUGGCAACGAGAUGUUUGAUGGGAAGAUGGUGAAUGUGGUUGAUGGACUGAAGUUGUAUGAAGAUUUAUUGGAUAGUACUGAAGUUUCAAAACUUGUUUCAUUGGUCAAUGAUCUGAGGGUUGCCGGAAAAAGAGGACAAUUUCAAGGAAAUCAGACAUUUGUGGUUUCAAAAAGGCCCAUGAAAGGACAUGGAAGGGAAAUGAUUCAGUUGGGUGUUCCCAUUGCUGAUGCACCACCAGAUGUGGACAAUGUAACAGGAAUCUCCAAAGAUAAGAAAGUAGAAUCUAUCCCUUCUUUGUUCCAAGAUAUCAUUGAGCGCCUGGCUGCCUCACAAGUGAUGACUGUGAAGCCUGAUGCUUGCAUUGUGGAUUUCUUUAAUGAGGGUGAGCACUCACAUCCCAACAAUUGGCCUCCUUGGUUUGGAAGGCCUGUUUAUACACUUUUCCUGACUGAAUGUGACAUGACUUUUGGGAGAAUAAUUGUCUCAGAUCAUCCUGGGGAGUUUAGAGGUGCUGUCAGGCUUUCUCUUGUACCCGGGUCCCUUCUGGUGAUGCAAGGGAAAUCAACUGAUUUCGCCAAGCACGCUCUUCCUUCUAUUCACAAACAACGCAUAAUCAUAACCUUCACAAAGUCCCAACCAAAAUGUUCCCUGCCAAAUGAUUCUCAGCGACUUGCUCCACCGGCAGCGUCCCAUUGGGCACCACCACAGAGCAGAUCUCCCAAUCACGUGCGUCAUCAAUUAGGCCCCAAGCAUUAUCCCACGGUUCCAGCAACUGUAGUACUGCCAGCUCCAUCCAUACAUGCACCUCCAAACAGUAUGCAGCCAUUGUUUGUGCCAGCACCAGUUGCACCUCCCAUGUCAUUUCCUACACCCGUACCAAUCCCACCUGGUUCCACCGGAUGGACCUCAGCUCCUUCGAGGCAUCCUCCUCCUCGAAUCCCUGUUCCUGGCACAGGAGUCUUCCUCCCUCCACCUGGCUCAGGUACUUCAUCUCAACACUUGCCAUGUACCGUACCUGAAGUGAACCCAAGUGUGGAAACUUUGACCGUGUCGGGAAAGGAAAAUGGGAAAUCCAAUCAUAACACAAAUUCUUCACCAAAAGGCAAAAUGGAUGGAAAUAUACAAGGGGGGCAAGAAAGCAAUGGAAAUGCAGAUGGAACUCAAGCUGAACAAGCUGUAGUAGAGAAAGAACAGGAAAGCAAUGACACAACGGCUGCAAACCAUUGAGCUAUGCCGGAUUAGAGAGAGGGAGAGAGAUGAAAAGCUUAUCAAAGGAAAGAGGUAGCUACGGAUUUAACGAGUUUGGAGCAAAUGUAAAGAGCGGCAACAUUUGACACGACAAGAUACAAUUCUGCAAAUGAGAGAACAAUGGAAGGAGGCAGAACUUUUUGGUUCACUUUUGAUCCUUUGUUUGCUCCAUUCCUUUUUUGUUGUCUUAUUAUAUUUAAUUUUUACAGCAAGGUUAACCCCAUUCUUAGUUCAGAUUUUGAUUUUUCCUAUCUUUGAAUUAUUUUACGUGUUUAGCGGUUGGUUUUUGUUGUGGUAAUGCUUUCUUCUACCAUUUGUUAAACAAUUAUGAUGCCUGCAUGGUGAGAUAGAAUCUGAGGACUCUUGAAUUAAAGUAGAAGCAGGCAAAAUAAUCCAUUGAAAAUGUUUAAAUAUUUAAAAAGUAGUCGUAUUGCUGAAUCGAAUAUAUUAUAUA